GAAACGUCUGCCUCCAUGAAUACCAAGAAGACAAAAAUGACAUCGAAGGCCAAAGUGGGCAAGGCGGGCUCCAAAAACAAGGAUGAUGCCCCCCACGAACUGGAGAGUCAGUUCGUACUUCGUUUACCCACGGAGUAUGCCUCGACUGUCAGGAGAAUCGCCCAGUCUAGCAGUAUGAACACCAAGGACCGACUCACCAUUGAGCUCCAUGGGGAUGGUCGUCAUGGUAUUGUGAGGGUGGACCGGGUGCCUCUGGCUUGCAAACUGGUAGACCUGCCCUGUAUUUUGGAGUCAUUGAAGACAGUAGACAAGAAGACCUUCUACAAGACAGCUGAUGUUUGCCAGAUGUUGGUGUGUUCUCUGGAUGGAGACCUCUACCCCCCUCUAGAGGAACCCACCGGUACAGAUCCCAAGAGCAAGAAGAAGGACAAGGACAAAGAUAAAAAGUUCAGCUGGAACCAUGGCAUCACGUUCCCCCUGAAGAACACGCGCAAGAGAAGAUUCCGCAAGACUGCCAAAAAGAAGUACAUUGAGUCCCCUGACGUUGAGAAGGAGGUGAAGAGGCUGCUGAGUACUGACGCAGAGGCCGUCAGCGUCCGGUGGGAGAUCAUAGCGGAGGACGAGUCUAAGGAGGCUGACAACGGAGCGCUGGCCAACCUGGACUCCUCACCUGGCACCUCGGGACAGAGGAUGGGCCACGGAUCAUCAGCCCCACACGAUGAGCUGAGGGAGAUCUUCAACGACAUCAGCAGCAGCAGUGAGGAUGAGGAGGACGAUGGCGAUCGGCACGAGGACGAAGAUCUGAACAUCAUGGACACGGAGGACGACCUGGAGAGGCAGCUGCACGAAAAGCUCAACGAGUCCGAGAAUGCCGAAGACCAGGCCGACAGGAACAACCAAAUCGUGAUGCAGUACCAGGUGCAGAUCAACCAGGUGAAGAUGAAGUUGCAGGAGACGCGCGCUCGCAAGAAGCAGCAGGAAGAGCUCAUCAUGAAGGUGGAGAACCAGGCACUCAAGAAUCGUUUCCAGGCAUCGCUGAAUGAGAUUGUACACCAGGAGGACAGGGAGAUGGAGCAGCUGGCAGCGCUUCAGGAUCAGCUGGAUCAGCUAAUAGAGAAGUGACCAGCAGGUGGCGUAGCUGAGUCAUGAAUGAAUGGAAGCUCCGUCGGCCGAUGACUCGAUGAUGGCAAUUUCAUCCUUAGUUGCACAAGAGCUACUUUUUCCUUUCCCUGUUUGGAACCGAGAGUUUUGUUCACAAUGCAUAUGAGUUCUUUUAGCCAUUUUCUUUCUUUUUUAUUGUUACACCCGCCACCCCCCUGAAGUGAAACUGUAAUCUGCAAUGUUAUGAGUUAAUAAGUAUGUCUUGUUUUAAUAAAUCAUGAUUUUUAAGAAGAGAAA